ACAUUUGUUGUCGGUUUGUACUUUUGUGAUUUGUCAAAAUAAUUAUGAGUAAAUGGCUAACAGCUGUUUUUCUUUUGAUUUAACCAAGUGUCUACGUUUAUAAAAGGUAGAUAUUUUUGUAGUGUAGGUCAUGCUAGUUACUAUUAGUUUUAACAUUAAACUUGAAAAUGAAACAAAGCAUUUUUAACAGGACACGUCUAUUUCAAAACGGGGAUGAAGUAGUUUGUGGUAUGAAUAGCACUAUGGACAAUGCUUUAAACUACAAUGGAAAUAUACAGUUACAUAGAAUAAAGCCACAAGAUCAUUUCAUUGAAGCACAGGUUCAAGAAGGAGACACUUUGCAAGCCAUUGCCCUUCGAUUCCAUUGUUCUAUAUCAGAAUUAAAAAGAAUUAAUCAUAUACAUAAAGAUAAUGAAAUUUUUGCUAGACAUACAAUCAAGGUACCCGUUACACCAUAUUCUGUUCUUACUGAAAUAGUACCUAACUCAAAAGAUCCAGAAUUAAUUACUUCAACGUCUAAACAUGCCCCUACUUUACUCACAAUGGAAAAUUUAUUGGAAAGUCCUGUGCAAAGGCUACAACUGAAAGAUAAAGAUGGAAAAGAUGCUGAUUUUGAAAUAGAUUGUAAUGCUGUUGUAUUAAACAGCACACUUGCUCCAUCUGUUGUUCCAUAUACAGAUAUAGAUACAAAUGAAUCAGUAUCUGAAGAUACACAGCUAUUACCAAAUAAAGAGAGAGAAUCUGUGGAGACGGUAGUAGUAAAACAGUUGACAUCACAAGGAGCUGAUUUUGGCUUAAAGUGGUUCCAUCUUGUAUGUUUUAUACUUUUACUAGGAGUAAUUGCUCCCAUAGUAUAUGUACUGUUCUUUUUAGGUAAACAUGAACAUUCAGAUAUUCCACCAUUACAUCCAACAUGAUUGGAGACUUUCUAAGAUUGAAGAGCUUUAAAACAUUUUGACCUUUUUUACUAUUUUUAAGAAAAUGAUGUGAUUUUAAAAUAAAUUGUAUUGUAAGUAA